GUUUCUCGGGCAGGACUAGGAAAAAGAGUCAGUCCUAACGAGCCUAAAGGGGUCUCUCUGCCUCACCCCUUUUCCCCCCUCAAUCUUCAAGUCUAUUCUGCCCUAGCAAGCCUUCCUGCAGACGUUAUGAGGAGAAAUUUAGCGUAGGAGGGCAAGAAAGCAAUGCGCUAAGAAAUCCGUUAACACUCUCUGCGGCACCAAGGCCGCUGCUGGGAAACCCAAACGCCAGGGUAAAGGCAAAGCUGCUGCAGCAGCCGCGGUUGAAGCUCACAGUCCUUCUGCGGCUGCGCAAGUCGCCGCAGCCCCACUCUCUCACGCUACUCCAACAGCCGCCCAGCCGCUGUCAAACGCGGCACCAUCAUCGCCAUCACCUGCGGCGCAAUCCGUGGUGCCGCCUGCGUUCCUUGCUGCGGUCGGGUCCACACACCUGCAUGCGUUCGUGCCAACGCAAGUGAACAUUCCCGCACCCCAACUCCUGUCGAACCAAACCAAUGUGGGAACCGCAGUCGGAGCUGAGAAGGCCGCGCCGUACGUGCCAGGACCUAAGACCGCCACUGUGCUUGCGGUUGCUGCAGAUCCUGCUGCAGACGCAAUGGAUGUGCAAGCUGAUGCGGUGUACGAUGGUGUUGGCAUGGCCGUAGAGGGUGUCAACGAAAUUGACGCUGACGCGCAGUCCGACGACGACGAGGAGGGCUCCGAGGACGCGGACAAGGAGAGCGACGCCAUGGACGCCAAGACGCAGCACGCGGAGGUCGCGGAGGCCGAGAAGCGAGCGGCAGUGGCACAUGCCGAGGCGGUUUGAGCAGCGGCGUAGGCCGAGGCGCGGGUGGCACUCGCACAUUUCUCGGCACAGGCGGGAGCCGCGCGGGCGACGGAAUUUGCGCAGGGGAACGCCAUGGAUGGAGGCACCUCCGAAGAACUGCUUCGCCGGCAGCGCUCCCAGCCUACCACUAUAGGGCGACGCGGACUCUCAAGGCUCAGCUGCAGGACUCACAGAACGCGGUGCAGGCGGUUUUUACUCAGCUGAAGGAGGCACAAGGCGCCCUGACGCAGGCUGAAGGGGAAGGCGACCGCAUGCGUCACGAGCUCGCGGAAUUACAGGCGCGGCUCGAAGCGGCUCUGGCAUGUCCACCGAGUGGCCGGGUGCGGGAUCUUGACGAUCCGACCGUGGACAUAUCGCUCAUCACCACCGACCCGCUCACUAAGGAGCUCAAGCUCCCCUCCUGCCUGCUCGUCGACGACGAGUACAAUGAAGUGGUGGACAAUUGCUUCUCCUGGCACAUCAUCCGCGGAAAUGGCAAGGAUAUUGAGUUCUACCCCACCCAUGUCGUGCUGCCACGGCGGCCUUUAUGCUCUGCCGUGGCAGCCCCGACGCGCUGCCGUGGCAUCGACGCCACGCCGUGGCGGCGUCGUCGUGCUGCCGUGGCGGCGUCAACGCGCCAGCGCACGGACGGCAGCGGCCAGCACCCGGUUUUAGCGCCGUCGAGCUCGCCCGCAUGCCAGUAAGCGCCGCGCCAGCCAUGGUGCCUCGCUGAAGAUUCGCCCCCCCCCUUCCCCUCCUCUGCCUUUCCCCUCCUCCAUCGCAAAAAGUGUCACGUUCGCAAAACGUUUACGCCAUUUUGGGCGAUGCACAAAGUUGGAGAUCAUCCGCAAAGUGUUCGCCAAGUAUUUGUUAAUCGUUUCGAUUCAUGUGAACGGUUUGCGAGUGUUGCGCGGUUGAGAUGUUUUGCGGAUGCAUUGUUGUGGAAAGGUUACAAAAUACUGCAUUGUUGUAUUUGCGUAACUUAAAGGCUCAUUAAAGUGU